CACAAUCUUCCCAUCAAACACGCCACAGUCACUGCCCACGCAGGCACAUACCUAUCACAGCCUACGCCAUCAGAGAAUCGGUCUCUGAAGAUCAGCAUCAAGGACUGUAAUCGCAAUUUGCAGCAAUCAGCCUCAAAAUGGCCUCGACGAAAUACAAGCUUGUCUUUUUCGUUCCCGUCUCGGAUAUGGAUGCCGUGAAGAAGGCCGUCUUUGCCGCCGGCGCCGGACGCUACCCAGGCCCCGGGAACUACACCGAAUGUGCCUGGUCCACGAUCGGGACCGGCCAGUUCCGCCCAGGAGACACGGCAAAUCCGCACAUCGGUGAGGUCGGCGCCCUGGAGAAGGUUGAGGAAGCCAGGGUCGAGACGCUCUGCAUCGGCGAAGAAUGUGCCAGAAAGUCCGUGGAGGCUCUGAAGAAGGCUCAUCCGUACGAAGAACCUGGCUACGAAGUCUACGAGAUCAAAGACUUCUGAUUCAGCGCUACUGAUUGGCUCCUGGGAGUUCACCUUCGCGUAACCAUAAGCAUUGUACCCAGUCAAGCAGAUGUAAAAUCUUAGGGGAUAUAUAACGCGUUAUUAUAAGACUCGCCUACUAUAUCCUUCAAUGUUCUAAGGACUUUUACGGCGACUAGUAUAGUAUAGCUAAAAUAACUGAUUUUAAAAUCAGGAUUGUAGACCG